UAAAAAUAAAAUAAAAAAUUUCACAACCCUUAUAUCUUCUUCCCCAGUUCCCUUCCAUCCCUCAACUCAAAUCCAUCACAUGGAAACCAAACCCAUUUCACAAAUCCAUCGUAUCCCAGUGCUUGAUUCAUUCCACAACACUUGAUUAGAGGAAUCUUCAGUGGAGACGAAAACCAUCAACGCCCGCCAGGAUCUAUCGAUAAUGGAGAUCCAUCACCCUUAGACUCCACAACCGCCGCCGACCCUGCCUUCCGAGAUUGCUCGUACCUAAAUCGAUCACCACCACCACAUCGCAAUCCCCACUUGAGGAGCAUUACAACAUCGGUAUAACCCGUAGCAUCGCAACACCCUGCUCGAUGUUUGGGAUCCAAAGACGGCUAGAGAAGGCAACGAGGAGAUGCAGACUCAUCCUUGAAACCGGGGAGAAGGUUUUGCUGCCAGGAUUCGGCUCCGGCCUGGGAUUGCACGACCGAGAAACGCUCGUGUUUUUUCAGGCGGGGAUGAAGGCGGCGCUGUUGGAUUUGGUUCCGUGGUGGAAGAUGGCGUUGGGUCAAUGUGAUUAUUUUAUGUUGUCAAUGUCGUUAAUAGUUGAUUACAGUCGCAAGCUGAUAAUUGUCGAACAUAUUGAGUUAGUGUGGUCAUGAGAUUAUUUUAUGAUAUGUUGGAGACAUAUAAUGCUUGUUUUAUAGCCAACUGGCCCUGGAAUGGAUAUAAAACCAUAACCACCAUGUGUUGGAAUCUUGAUACGUUAUAGGGGAAAGCAAGGAAAAAUGAAUGCAAAUGCUCAAUGGUAGAAAAGCACUCCAGGGCCCGACCCAACGCAAAACCAAACCAGUUUGGGUUAUUCUUCAAAUGAUUUGGACCGGACAUUGAAGGGAGAAGAGAUCAACAACAAGAUCAAUUAUUAUUGAAGUAAAAACCCAACUCUUUUGUCUCUUGGUGGAGGAUUGACUUGGACAGGGAACAUUGCUUUUUGCGAAAGAAUGGGCCAGAGGGAAGGAUUUACUUGGGACGGGAGGAGGCUUUUCGGCGCACUAUACAUACUUGGACAGGAAAGAAUUAAAGGAGGGAUUAACUGGAGAAUAAUUGGACCGGACGAGAAUUCUUUGGACGAAAUAAUUGGAGAGUCGCGCAGAACUUCGACGGGAGAACAGCGCGGAGCGGAGCAGCAGCGAGAAUAGAGAAGGAAAUAUCUG